CUCCUGUGGUGCAUUCUGGGCGUGCGACAAGAUGGCGGCGCCCUUGCGCGAGUGCUGAGCAACAAUUCGUGUCGGCGAAGGAAAAAAAACGAAAAAAAAAAAAAAGAAGCAAAAGUGAAAACUCGAUUUCGCUGCACUUUUUCCACUCAGAGAAGAAGAAAGAGAAAGACGACGCGCAGGCGCGCGCACACGCGUUUAUUCGCGCUCGAGCGCUGAGUCCUCGAGAGUCAGCGUGAAUGAAAGUGAAAAUGAUGAUGAAGAGGAAGAUGAUGGUGGUGGUGAUGAUGAUGAUCAUGGUGGUGGUGGGCCUGCGUCCGAUCCGUUCCCCCUAAUGAAGAAUCGUCCUCACGUUUCCCUUCCAAACAUAAAGUACAGUAGAAAUAAACACACCAGACGACUAUCAUUGGAUUUUUCUCGCGGCUCGUGCUCGAGAUUGUGGACGCUGCCGUGUCGUUUGCAAGGUCUGAGCACAUUACACACGAGCUGAGCUGAGCUGAGCUGAGCUGGCAUGCUGUGCGAUCUGGGACGCGGCCCGAGUGUGUUAACUGCAUAAGCCUAAUGAAAAUGGACGUGGAGCUGCUUCACUCGCCCGCCGUGGCUCUCUCUGAGGAAGACGAGGCCGACAUGAGCGACUGGAAUCUUCCUCUCGCCUUCAUGAAGAAACGGCACCUGGAGAAGAUCGAGGGCUCGAAAGCGCUCGCACAGAGCUGGAGGAUGAAGGACAGGAUGAAGACGGUGAGCGUCGCACUCGUUCUCUGCCUGAACGUUGGAGUCGACCCUCCUGACGUGGUGAAGACGUCGCCCUGCGCCAGACUGGAGUGCUGGAUAGAUCCUCUCUCAAUGAGUCCACAGAAGGCUUUAGAGACGAUCGGGGCGAACCUGCAGAAACAGUACGAGAACUGGCAACCCAGGGCGCGCUAUAAGCAGAGUUUAGACCCCACAGUGGACGAGGUGAAGAAGCUGUGUACGUCUCUGAGGAGGAACGCUAAAGAGGAGCGCGUCCUGUUCCACUACAACGGACACGGCGUCCCCCGUCCCACCGUCAACGGAGAGAUCUGGGUCUUUAACAAGAACUACACCCAGUACAUCCCUCUGUCCAUCUAUGACCUGCAGACGUGGAUGGGGAGUCCCUCCAUCUUUGUAUACGACUGCUCCAACGCCGGCAUCAUCGUCAAGUCCUUCAAACAGUUCGCACUGCAGAGAGAGCAGGAGCUGGAGCAGGUGGCGGCGAUAAACCCGAACCACCCUCUGGCGCAGAUGCCCCUCCCUCCAUCCAUGAAGAACUGCAUCCAGCUAGCAGCGUGUGAAGCUAACGAGCUCCUGCCCAUGAACCCUGACCUCCCUGCUGACCUGUUCACCUCCUGCCUGACCACGCCCAUCAAAAUCGCCCUGCGCUGGUUUUGUAUGCAGAAAAGCGCCAAGCUGGUGCCAGGAGUCACACUGGACCUGAUCGAGAAGAUCCCCGGGCGUCUGAAUGACAGGAGGACGCCGUUAGGAGAGCUCAACUGGAUAUUCACCGCUAUCACAGACACCAUCGCGUGGAAUGUACUGCCUAGAGAUCUUUUUCAGAAACUCUUCCGCCAGGAUCUGUUGGUUGCCAGUCUGUUCCGUAACUUCCUAUUGGCCGAGAGGAUCAUGAGGUCAUACAACUGCACUCCGGUUAGCAGCCCCAGGUUACCGCCCACCUACAUGCACGCCAUGUGGCAGGCGUGGGACCUAGCGGUGGAUAUUUGCCUCUCGCAGCUUCCCACCAUCAUCGAGGAGGGCACGGCCUUCAGGCACAGUCCAUUUUUCGCGGAGCAGCUCACGGCGUUUCAGGUGUGGCUUACUAUGGGGGUGGAGAACAGAAACCCUCCUGAGCAGCUCCCUAUCGUUCUACAGGUCCUCCUCAGUCAGGUGCACAGGUUGCGAGCGUUGGACCUGUUGGGCCGUUUCCUGGACCUCGGACCCUGGGCUGUCAGCCUGGCUCUCUCUGUAGGGAUUUUUCCGUAUGUGUUGAAGUUGUUACAGAGUUCAGCGCGAGAGCUUCGUCCUCUCCUCGUCUUCAUCUGGGCCAAAAUCCUCGCCGUGGACAGUUCCUGUCAGGCUGAUCUGGUGAAGGAUAACGGUCAUAAGUACUUCCUGUCAGUCCUCGCUGAUCCGUACAUGCCGGCCGAGCAUCGCACCAUGGCCGUCUUCAUCCUGGCAGUUAUAGUCAACAGCUACAACACGGGACAGGAGGCGUGUCUGCAGGGGAACCUGAUUGCGAUCUGUCUGGAGCAGCUGAGCGACCCUCACCCUCUCCUGCGUCAGUGGGUGGCCAUCUGCCUCGGCCGCAUCUGGCACAACUUCGACUCGGCUCGGUGGUGCGGCGUUCGAGACAGCGCUCACGAGAAGCUCUACAGCCUCCUGUCAGACCCCAUACCUGAGGUACGAUGUGCGGCCGUGUUUGCGUUGGGGACCUUCGUGGGAAAUUCGGCAGAGAGGACAGAUCAUUCCACCACCAUCGACCACAACGUGGCCAUGAUGUUAGCGCAGCUCAUCAACGACGGGAGCCCCAUGGUCAGGAAGGAGCUGGUGGUGGCUCUGAGUCACCUGGUGGUUCAGUACGAGAGCAACUUCUGCACUGUCGCUCUUCAGUUUAUGGAGGAGGAGAAGAACUAUGCAGCGCCCUCACCUGCUAACACUACAGAGGCGGGGAACGUGACUCCGGUGAGGGAGCGAGACAGUCCGGCGGUCCCUCGUCUCCGCCCCGUUAACUCGUACACCAACAUCCGAGCGGCUAGCAGCGCCCGCAACCUCAACAAGAGCCUCCAGAACCUCAACCUCAACGAGGAAGGCGGCCCCGUGACCUUCUCCCCCGGUAACCUGAGUGCGAGCAGCAGUGCCAGCAGCACCCUGGGCAGCCCCGAUAACGACGAGUACCUCCUGUCUUUCGAGACCAUCGAUAAGAUGAGACGGGUCAGCUCGUACUCAUCCCUCAACUCCCUCAUCGGUGUGUCCUUUAACAGCGUGUACACACAGAUCUGGCGUGUGUUAUUACACCUGGCGGCUGAUCCGUUCCCGGAGGUGUCUGAUUUGGCCAUGAAGGUGCUGAACAGCAUUGCCUAUAAGGCUACAAUGAACGCUCGGCCGCAAAAGAUUCUGGACUCGGGUUCUCUCACCCAAUCAGCACCCGCCAGUCCAACCAGCAAGGGAACACUCAUACACCAAGCUGGCGGGUCUCCGCCCAUCCCGGGCGUGUCCAGUUCCAGCCUGACCAACGAUGUGCCGAAGCCACCACAAGCCCCGCCCACUCGCCCCCCGUACACGCCCACUCUGGGCUCUCAGGCUCCGCCCCACUCACACCAAUUCUCACGAACACGCAAAAUGUUCGACAAGGGACCUGACCAGAUGGCAGAGGAUGGGGACGAGACUCCCGCUCACAGGAACUUCAUCAGUGUGACGCUGCAGACCGGACUGUGUGACUGGAGCGCCAAAUACUUUGCACAACCUGUCAUGAAGAUCCCGGAGGAGCACGACGUGGAGAGUCAGGUGAGGAAGGAGAGAGAGUGGAGGUUCCUGAGGAACGCCGGAGUGCGCCGACAGAGCCAGCGUAUCACACAGAGAGGAAUCACCCGAUUGGACGAUCAGAUCUUCAUUAACAGGAACCCCGGAGUGCCUUCAGUGGUGAAGUUUCACCCGUUUAACCCCUGCAUCGCCGUCGCAGAUAAAGACUCCAUCUGUUUCUGGGACUGGGAGAAAGGCGAGAGGUUGGAUUAUUUCUAUAACGGGAAUCCUCGAUACACUCGCAUCACAGCCAUGGAGUACCUGAACGGACACGACUGCUCCCUCCUCCUCACCGCCACUGAUGACGGAGCGUUACGAAUCUGGAAGAACUUUGCGGACCAGCGGAAUCCCGAGAUGGUGACGGCGUGGCAGGGUCUCUCAGACAUGCUGCCCACCACACGAGUGUGUGGAAAAGCGUUUUGGAAUUGCAGCGUGAGUCGGGACUCUAGAGAGAACCCCGGCUGCUCUGGUUUAGCUCGGCGGGUUUCAAUCUAUCUUGACAGAAGUAAGCAGGGAGGUGCAGGAAUGGUGGUGGACUGGGAACAAGAGAACGGGCUCCUCAUGACCUCUGGAGAUGUUCGAGUCAUCCGGAUCUGGGACACAGAGAGAGAGAUGAAGGUCCAGGACAUCCCGACGGGAGCAGACAGCUGCGUCACGAGUGUGUCAUGUGACCCGCAGCGUUCCCUUGUGGCGGCCGGCCUCGGAGACGGAUCGGUGCGUGUGUAUGACCGCAGGAUGGCUCCCAAUGAGUGCCGUGUGAUGACAUAUCGGGAGCAUGGUGCGUGGGUGGUGAAGGCUCACCUGCAGAGAGAGACAGACGGACACAUCAUCAGUGUUAGUGUAAAUGGAGAUGUGCGUUUCUUUGACCCCCGGAUGCCCGACUCCAUCAACGUGUUGCAGACUGUGAAGGGACUGACGGCGCUCGACAUCCACCCACAGGCCAACCUGUUCGCCUGUGGUUCUAUGAAUCAGUUCAUCGCCGUGUAUAACUCCAGUGGUGAUGUCAUCAGUAAUAUUAAAUACUAUGAUGGCUUCAUGGGGCAGAGGAUCGGCGCCAUCAGCUGCUUAGCUUUCCACCCGUACUGGCCGCACUUGGCCGUGGGCAGUAACGACUACUACAUGUCCAUCUACUCAGCGGACAAGAGACUGAGAUAACACCGUGACCUCUGACCUUUUGACCUUACGUGCCCCACGUGGGCGGGAUGUAAAUGACUUCUUGUACAUAUGCAACUACCACCAUGAAUGUUUAGUGAAGGCUGCUGAACUCUCACAGUCACUAUUGGAAUAACAACAGUAAUAAUAGAGUCAUUAUUAUUAUUAUUAUUAUUAUUAUUAUUAUUAUUAUUAUUAUUUUGGAGUUCUUGAUUGUAGACUUGGCUGUGCUGAGCAGUGUGUAUAUUUAAACUGCAAUUAUCAAAAACAGAUACAUAUAUUUUACAGAUCAGUGAAGGAGGCAGAGAAGUUGCCUCUCUUUGGAGUCUAAAAAGGGGCGGGGCCUGGGGGGCAGGAAGUGCCCAGGGUACUCUUUACUAAUGCAUUAUAUUGAGAUAUGGAGUGUUAUAAGUGGGUGGAGUCUUGCUGUUAAUACUUUAUGUGAGAUAUAGAGUCUGAAAAGGGGGCGGAGUCUAGGAGUGUGGGUGGAGUCUUAUAACAAAUGCAUCAUGUGACCGUGGGAGUUGAAAAAAGGGUGUAGUCUGGGAGUGUGGGCCUAGAAGUGGGUGGAGUCUUAUAACAAAUGCAUUAUGUGAAAGAAGGGGCGGAGUCUGGGAGAUGGGUCUCAAAUCAGGGGCCUUUAAAGGGGGUGGGCUCUAGGAGUGUGGGCCUAGAAGUGGGUGGAGUCUUAUAACAAAUGCAUUACGUGAGACCAGGGGCCUUAAAAGGGGACGGGAUUCAGACAUAAUGCAUUACAUAAUGCAUUGGUUUUGACCAUGAGAAAGGGGCGGAGUCUGACAGCAGAGACUUGAAAGUGGGUGGAGUCACACUAUUAAUGCAAUAUGAGAUUGAGUGUCUACAAAGGGGUGGAGUCUGAGGGUCAUCUCUUGCCAAUGCAUUUUAUGAGAUUGGGAGUCUAGAAAAGGGGCGGAGUCUGAGAUUGGUAGCCUGGAGGUGGGUGGGGUCAUGCUGCUAUUGCAUUAUAAGAUUAUGUGUCUAGAAAAGGGGUGGAGUCUUGGAGUUUGUGGGGGUCACACUGUUAUUGCAUUAUAUGAGAGAAGGAGAUGAAAAGGGGCGGAGUCUUGAAGUCAGUUCUCAAUAUUAAUGCAUUAUGUGGGCGGGGUCUGAGAGAGUGUAGCCCAAAAGUGGGCGGUACCUGGCCCUGGAUGAGGUUGUAAAGGUUGGUAGGGGUGAUGUCAAGCAAUGAACACACACACACACACACACACACUCCAAAUGCAUUGUUUAUACAUGUGCUGAUGUCACGAUUAUCACAAAUACUUAAUCACGGUUCACGAUAUUGCAUUAAAAAAAGAACUCAAGGAGCACAAACAUGUCUCCUGUCAUCUACAGGACAGUUUAUCGUAUCGUAGAUGUUUAACAUCGAGGUAUAUCGUACAACUGAUUAUUGCCCCGUGCCUCAUAUACGCGCUCCAACUGCAUAAGGAGGUUUUAGAUCCUUUAGGAUCAGUGAAGUAAAGCUGCUUAAUGCAUCAUUCUCUCUGAUCCAUCUCUGAGUAGCAUGUUUUCUCACACACUUGCCUCAUGGCUUAGCCCUUAGCUUGUAUAAUCUGAAUGUGUAAAAUGCAUGCAUGUGCCAAAAAACACUUAAUCUGGAUAUUUUUGUUUUCGUUACACAAUUUUAUUUUACACUUUUCUGGAACUCUCAUCUACGAAACAGAACGGUUACUUCUCCGACAAUGAUGUAUACGACACUUCACAUGCAUCCUGGAAUAUUGUCCUGAUAAUCUGUUAUGUGAUAUAUUAUGUUACACCAUGGGAAAAUACUCCUUCCUGAUUGGCUGGUGGGUACGUGUACGUUUUUUCACUCGUUUUGCGCAGAAGCUCUGCAUUUUAACAUAUUUUGCUACAAGUUAUUAAUCAGAAAUACGCAAAAAGAGCCAGAUGAACCAAGCGACAUGUGAAUCUGGAGUGAUUGACAGAUGCGUAGGUGGGAACUCUCCGAUAUUAACUGAUCCCCUGGAAGCCCCGCCCCCUUUUCCUCCAUCUUAGAUUAUUAAUCUCUCAUCUUGUCUCGAUUUUCCUGGUUGAAAGAUGUCCUCACUUUCUGUCACAGUAAACAGAGAGAGUUUAGAGUUCAUUAAUGUGAAAUAAAAUCUAGCAGUGUGUGUUCCACUUAGCUAUCAUUAGACGAGUAUAUAAUUAACAUCGGUUCAGUAUCUUUAUUGAAAAAUUCGAUGAAAAAUAGACCUACAGUGAAGUGCCAAACCUAACACUUUACAAAUCAUUUUAAUGGUAGUGAUUUAAAAACACUUUGCUGUCCUGUGUGGUCAAGACUCUCACGCUAGAAAAUAGACAAGUGAUGUGAGAACGGAAAAAAAAAAACGCAGCAGUUUGAAACCGAGGCUUCGUAAAUGUUCGUAAACGAAACUGAGAGGCUUCGUAAAUGUUUCUCAAUGAUAUAAAAAUAACAUGGAGAAACAUUUACGAAGCCUCUGAGUGUUUAAACACCGCAGAGUAUCGGUGAUAUAAGUGCGUUAUCAGGGAGGCUUUAUUACACCAUCACUACCCCAGUUUCAUUUGCGAACAAGCCUCCUAUGUAGGGGAAAAAAAACGUCCUUACCAAAUGUAAUUGUAAAUGUGGAAAUGAUGUAAAUUAUAGUAUCGUGGACCGUGAUAAAAAGUUGGACAAUUAUCGUGACAACAUCGGCACAUGCCUCAUCCUACAUAUAUAUUCUACUUCACUCUAAUAGGACGGAUUGUUUUAUAUACACUGACUUCCUCUAGUGAAACAGGACUCACUUCUGAACACUGCUGGGGGAAAAACUGUAUCUUGGGGAACCUUUAAAGGUUCUAUGGAGAACCCUAUAACCUGGUGUUUACCUGUAAUACAGGGUUCCAACCUUUUUCUUUUCCUUUAAAGUUGUAUGAAACAUUUCAUUUUUGUUGUUUACAUUAUAUGCGGUUUUCUGAUUAUUUCUCACCCUGUUUCAGUACCGUAUUUAACACGUCCUCGUCUUUACCACUUCCCCUCACUUCCUGUCACAUGAGGGACCACUAUAGGUACAAAGCAACACGUGUGGAACAGCUUGCUAACUAGUUAUUGGCAAUGCAGUUUGACUUACAAAGUCUAAUAAAUGGAACAAAAUUCAUUUCACUGAUGUAGAAACGACCAUUAAAGGUGCGGUUUGUAAUUUUACAAUUUAUUUCUAGACUCGUAGCAAUCGAGAAAUCAUAAAGAUUCCUUAGUAAAACUGUAUUUUGCAAAUUGCCAUACAAUCAACUCUGCUAGUUUUUUGUUUCAGACUUGUGUUUAAAUUCUUAAUGGUCCAUAAAAUUAGCUCCGCCCCCACAACCCCCAUUCCCCCCAGUCAGACCAGAGCAAGCAGCUCAGUCUGGGCCGGUUUUCUUACAACACAUCUUACAAGGAAUGUGCUGUUUCAGCAGAUAGCAUGGGGUUGUUUAUUAGGGGACAGGGAAAAGGUAGAUGAUGUAAUUGUUUUUUGUUUAUUUACCUCACAAUCAGCAGAGGGCGCUAAAUAUCGCACACUGCUCCUUUAAGAUGGCGAAGAAGUUUCAACCAGUGGAAGACUUAAAGAGGGCGUGUUAAAACAGUACUUGUGAAUUUGUUUAUUGUUUUUUUUUGUGUGUGUGUGUAUGUUGCUUGUUGUUCUUGUUUAUGGCUUCUUCUGCCGCGAUGCUGUUGACGAUAUUUCAGCUGAAAAUCUCUCCACACACACAUCUCACUGUCCUCGCGUAUAACUUUAGCCGCCAAACGCAAAUUUAAAAAAAAAAAAAAACAGCAGCCCACAACCAAUCGGACUGAUUUCAGGAGCUUAAAAUGAAGGACUUCAGCCCGUGACCCACCUCACGCCCGCUGCAGCGCCCUCUAGAGGAGCGGACGACUCCCCGAUGCACACCCGUACGACUAUCUCGCUUUGAGUUUUAAUGUUUUAGAUUGAAAAUGUUGAAAAAAAAAAAAAAAAAAGAGAAGCUAGUAGAAUGAACUGAUGCAAUCAGGUGUUCUCUCUGUGACUGUAGACUGCUUUUGCUGGCUGUGGUUUUUAUGACAGGAGAAGAAAUCGUUCAAAUAAAACCAAAUAUGAAUAUGAAUGAA